UCCAGACUCUCACGAUACGGAAGCCGAGGUGAGCUGAGCGCGGGCUGUGCCUCCAGGAAGUUAACCCCGGAAACCCGGAUAGCGGAGAAGGGGUUUCGAGCCCAAUGGCGACCGCGGAAGCCAGUGGCAGCGACGGGAAGGGGCAAGGAGGCGAGACCUCCGUCACGUACUACCGGCUGGAGGAGGUUGCCAAGCGUAACUCCUCGAAGGAGCUGUGGCUGGUGAUCCACGGGCGAGUCUACGAUAUCACCCGUUUUCUCAACGAGCACCCUGGUGGAGAAGAGGUUCUGCUGGAACAAGCUGGUGUGGAUGCAAGCGAGAGCUUUGAAGAUGUCGGCCACUCCUCGGAUGCCAGGGAGAUGCUAAAGCAGUACUACAUUGGCGAUGUCCACCCGAAUGACCUUAAACCUGGGCAUGGUAGUAAGGUCCCUUCACAAAAGAAUACGUGCAAACGUUGUUGGGCAUAUUGGAUUUUCCCCAUCCUGGGCGCUAUUCUUGUAGGUUUCCUGUAUCGUCACUACUCAUCGGAAAGCAAAUCCUCCUGAGGAACUCAUGCCAAAGUCUGGAAAGAACAUCCACUUGGGAGCAAAAACUAGAGGCUUGCUUUAGGGGCUAUAGCAAUGUCCUCAGAUCCUACCAGUUAACAUUCGUCUGCCUUGAAACCAAGACAGUUGGUCAGAUUCCUGCCUCUGGGGCCAAUGUCAUUUGUCUGUCAGAGGCUUAUACCAAAAGCACCACUGCUCACUUUGUGUCUUUGCUGAUGUUUCCUCUCUUCUUUGGUUUCCACAAAUACCCUGCCAUUUAAAAAACUUAAUGUUGGCAACUACAGUUUGUGUUAUAGUGACAAUUGCUCUUUGAUAAAAAUGCCUGCCUUUCAAUACUUCCAGUGAACAUUAGACAUUUUUAACAGGACAGUGCUCUAUUUUUGAAAACUUUAUCUUUCCAUUUUUAUUUCAGCUAAUUUUUUAGACAUUCUGACCUUUAUUAUUUAUUGUAGAGGAGCUUAAUUCAUGAAGUAAAGGUGCAUACCUACUGGUGAAAACACAACUGCCAAAUGAUCUUUUGUUUGUAUUUUCUAAAACUGGGAGAAAACCUUGUCAUCUCAUGUUCCCAUGCCCGGGUAGCAAGCAACUCUUCCUGUCCUGUGAGUCCAGCCCACAUUCUUUCCGAGAGCUGCUGGACAACACUGUACUUCCCUUUGAUGGGAGAUGGGAAGAGAUAGAGGAAGGAAAGGAUGAAUUGGGAUUCUGAGAUCCUAGUGAGUUCAGAGGAAUCGUUCUUUUGAAAAAUACUGAAGAGCACUACUCUAGGACAGAAGCUUCUGGAAGGUUGCAAAGCGUUCCCUUUGGUUUAAUUCCAUUUUCUAAUCAUCACUUUCCCUUGGCGAUCUUUUAUUGAUAAAACAUAAGUGCAUAAUUAUGUUCAUAUAAUAGCUUCACCAGGGAUUCUUGGUAUUUUUUUGUUUAUUGAUCAGUAAAUUUUUGAUUCCUCAUUUUACAAAAGUAAGAGACUCCAUUUUGAUCUGUUUGCCCCAGUAAAAUAACUUGAAAAUGACAUUUUGAACAUAGGAGAUCGUG